GUUGUGAUCUGGAAACACCACAAACUUGUUUUGUACAUCCGGGCGUUUCCUGUACUUUGCCGGCAAGGCAAACGGGUGGCGAUACUGAUGCUGCAGGCGCCGAUUGGCAUGACCCGGCCGCGAUCGGUGUCGCCUGCGCCUGUCAUGUACAUGAGGACCCCAUCAAUGACGGCUCGGCCGACAGUCAACAUGGGACAGGUCAUGGUGAUGAAUGCACCGCAAGCCUCGCAGAUGCCGCUCCCCGUGCCUCCGAAGCCGGCCAUGCAGCCAGCUUCCUUGACGCGGGAUAUGGACGCGUGGCUGUCCGCUGCCCGGGACUUCGAGAUGAACACGGACUUCGACGUGGGCGCCAAGUUGGCUGAGAGAAAACGACCUAUCCAGGAGGUGGUAGACAUCAUGAAGGCGAAUAGCGGAGGAAAGGGCACCAUCCAGGCGCUGGGUGAUAAGAUCGUCCUCAGCAAGCUCCUGGAAAAUCUGGGGGUGCCGCAGAUGCCAGUGCUGUUCUCGACGUACACCAGUGUCCAGCGGGAGGAGGUCGAGAAGCUGGUGUCGGACUUCCGAAAAAACGGGGAGGAGGGCUUCGACGUGGUCAUCAAGCCGACUCACUUGAGCAGCGCCGUAGGGGCGCUCAUCAUGUCCAAAGGCAAGUGGGACAAGGAGGGCUGGACCGCUGCGAAGCUUGCGGAACAUAUGCAAACCUACCUGGAGAAGAAAGCGGCGGACUCUGAAAGUGAGGCGCUGAAGUCUUUGGUGCCAGGUUUCAUCGUUCAGCCGCGAUAUCGGUCUUCGGUUGGAUUCAACUUCCCCCUGGAGUUGCGCGUGGUGACCAUCUGGGGGAAGGCCCGAGUCGGGAUCUGGUGGUGGGGCCGGGUGGCUGAUCCGAAAGGGCGACGGACCACUUGGCUGGUCCGCGUACCGAAGCACGCGGGUCAGCUCUCAGAUGAGGAUGGCUGGGAGGUCAUCCAUGAGCACAAGGGCGGCAACCGGGGUUUCGAGGUGUCUCUACAGCUCUUCAAGGACGCGAUGCCGUCGAUGUGUGCGGCUGCUGAGAGCAUCGCCACGGCCGUUGGCGCACCCUUCCUCCGGUCCGACUUCUUCGUGGGCAACUCCAAGUGGGGGGUGCGCCUGAACGAGGUGGCCUACGGAAGUGGGGUGGACUACCGGCGGCGCGUGCCUGGCGCUUCCAAGCAGACUCGCGGCGGGAGCUGGGUCGGCGGGCUCGCUGACGAUGGUCCGGCCAUCGCAGAAAUCAUUCAGGAGGGCUACAAGACUUGCCAGCGCAAGCCGCCCGCGCACUUCCUUCGAAUGUUGGGAGCGCGGAACGCGGUGUACGAGGUGCCAGCGAGCUACCGCAAUCGGAGCGCCUCCAAACCAGUGGAGCCCCACAUGCGAAUAGAGGUGGUUCCUCCCGAGAAGCGCCUGCGUCAACUCCCGGAGGAUGCGGUGCACGACAUGGUGGCCCACUACGAGGGUCCUGAGAAUAUUCUCAAGGAGACCGGGAUGGUGGGCGCGGCGAGCUGCGAGACGCAGGCGGCGCCCGACCCACCGGGGGCUUGGGCUCAUGCCUGGGGAAGAGGCUAUCCCAUGGUCUUGGGACAAUCUGUCGCUGGCAUGAGGUCUUUCAUGCCGCAGGCAGCAGUUUGGCCUGCUCAGCCAACGUCUAUGUCCUUCAAAGCAUCGAGCAUGCUGUCGAAGUACCCGACCGCAAUCCAGGCGACCGCCAUCCAGGCGGCUCCGAUGCUUUCGCCCUGGAGCCCCGUUCGAUAUAGGUCCCAUUUGCCGGUGGUGGCGUGAGGAAAUUCCCCCGCCUACGGCCUGGAGGUGGUUGCUCCCCUCCGAUAGAUCUUUGCCAAUGGAUGGUUUCACCUUCGAGGUGCUUGGCACGAGAUUCUCAUGGCAGUUGGCAGAUCAAAUCACGUGCCAGUCCCUAAAGUCUUUUGCAUGCACGGCACAGAGGGCUGGGCUCAAAGGUCGGCGAUGUCCCUUGAGCAUGUGUACAGAUGGAAGUGAAGUCUUGGACAAAUGGG